CCCUACGACACACAGCUCACCAUUUUGGGUUACUACUGACAAAGACAACAAAAUGGCUCUGACAAACCCCAUGCCCAUGGGCCCUUGGAAGAUCACUGUCUACGAUCAGGAGUACUUCCAGGGAAGGCGUAUGGAGUUCACCGCCUGCUGCCAGAACAUCAUGGAGUGUGGGAUGGAGAACAUCCGCUCCCUGAAGGUCGAGUGUGGCGCCUGGGUGGGCUAUGAGCACUCCAGCUUCUGUGGCCAGCAGUUUGUCCUGGAGAAGGGAGACUAUCCCCGCUUUGAGGCCUACAGCGGCAGCAACGCCUACCGUAUUGAGAGGAUGAUCUCCUUCAGACCCAUCUGCUGUGCUAGCCACAAGGAGUCCCGUAUGACCAUCUUCGAGAUGGAGAACAUGAUGGGCCGUCAGUUUGAGCUGUGUGAUGACUACCCCUCCCUGCAGGCCAUGGGCUGGUUCAACAACGAGGUUGGAUCCAUGCACGUUCAGUGUGGAGCCUUUGUGUGCUACCAGUACCCUGGCUACCGUGGCCACCAGUACAUCAUGGAGUGUGACUGUCACGGAGGAGAAUACAAGUGCUACCGCGAGUUUGGCUCCCACUCCCAGACUCCCCAGAUUCAGUCCAUCAGGAGGAUCCAGCACUGAGAAGGGAGCACUGCCUUCACACCUCUUCAUCUCCUCCUCCUCUCCCUCCUCCUGCACAUCCAUCCCUCCUUCUCCUCUUCCUCUCCCCCAUCCACCUCCCCGGCUCCGCUGGUCCGGCUAGUCAAAGCCAUCCAGUCUUGGGCUGGACUUCAGGUGCUCACUGGCGUUAGCUGUUCACAGCACUUUUGUUUUAUUUUUUUUUAAAGAAACAUCAGAAAACAAAGGAAAGAUGUAAGAAAGACAGAAAAUAGGAAUGACAGAAUUCAGAAAGAAAAAGCUGAAUCAGUGUGAAAGAGAGGCCUCAUCUGCCGAGGUUGACUGCAGAACGGUGAAACACCUCAAAGAUUUUGCUCUUUUUCACCUGCACCAUCGACGGCAUCAUCACACCAUCAUUGUCUUUUACAUCAACACGAUCAACAGUUUUGCUGUUACUGUGAUAUC